AUGCUUGCGACUCGCCAGGCUCUCCGCCUCACCGCCAACAGGCAGCUCGCGCCCUCGCUCGCGGCGUCGGCUCGUUCGUUUUCGGCCGUCGCUCGCCCCGUCUCGCAGAUUGCCGCCGUUCGCGCUGCUGCUCCCCGAGUCGCUGUCCUCGGCCGUGCCCUCGGCCCCGUUCGCGGCUAUGCUGCCGAGGCUGGCGGCAAGUACGAGCGCAAGCUCCCGCACAUGAACAUCGGUACCAUCGGACACGUCGACCACGGCAAGACCACCCUCUCUGCCGCCAUCACCAAGGUCCUCGCCGAGGCUCAGGGUAAGGGUAAGGUCCUCGCGUACGACCAGAUUGACAAGGCGCCCGAGGAGAAGGCUCGUGGUAUCACCAUCGCCACCGCUCACCUCGAGUACGAGACUGCCAACCGCCACUAUGCCCACGUCGACUGCCCGGGUCACGCCGAUUACAUCAAGAACAUGAUCACCGGCGCUGCUCAGAUGGACGGCGGUAUCAUCGUCGUUUCGGCGUCUGACGGCCAGAUGCCGCAGACCCGUGAGCACUUGCUCCUCGCCCGCCAGGUCGGCAUCAAGAAGCUCGUCGUCUACAUCAACAAGGUCGACCAGGUCGACGACCCCGAGAUGCUCGAGUUGGUCGAGAUGGAGAUGCGCGACCUCCUCUCCACCUACGGCUUCGACGGCGAGAACACUCCCAUCGUCAAGGGUUCGGCGCUCGCCGCGCUCGAGGACCGCGACCCGACCAUCGGCAAGGACACCAUCAUCGAGCUCAUGAAGGAGGUUGACGCCUGGCUCGACCAGCCCCCUCGCGACCUCGACAAGCCCUUCCUCAUGCCCGUCGAGGACGUCUUCUCGAUCCAGGGACGCGGAACCGUCGUCACUGGCCGUGUCGAGCGCGGCACCAUCACCAAGGGCUCGGAAAUCGAGAUCAUCGGUAUGGGCGCGUCGUUCAAGACUACCCUCACCGGUAUCGAGAUGUUCCACAAAGAGCUCGAGCGUGGUGAGGCCGGCGACAACAUGGGCGCCCUCCUCCGCGGUGUCAAGCGCGAGCAGAUCAAGCGCGGCAUGGUCAUCGCGGCGCCGGGCACGAUCAAGCCGGUCAAGAAGUUUGAGGCGCAGUGCUACAUCCUGACGAAGGAGGAGGGAGGCAGGUACACGCCCUUCAUGAACAACUACCGCCCCCAGCUGUUCGCCCGCACCUGCGACAUCACGGUUGCCAUCACUUUCCCCGAGGGAACCGAGAACGCCGACGAGAAGAUGGUCAUGCCCGGAGACCAAGUUAGCGUCGUCUGCGAGCUGGUUCACGAAGUCGGCAUCAACGAAGGAGACAGGUUCACGCUUCGGGAAGGCGGAAAGACAGUCGGCACGGGCGUCGUCUCCAAGAUCAUGGCCUAA